AAAAAAAAGACGUUGUAGCAUACAGUCGUUACAAGAACGUAGAUUGAUCCAACUACGGAAGGCACGACAAGACUAAACCUCACACUCAUCUGACACGCUAAAAGAGCCGCUUACCUGCAAGGUCAUCCUUCUCAAGCACGUCAUCUGGUCACGUGCCGUCAUCAUGGCUUCGCUGUACGACAUGAGUGUUCCUAUCUACACUCAAGCUCUGAAGAACACUCUGGCCUUUCUCAAGAAGGGAGAAGCCUGGUGCAAGGACAAUGGCCACCCAGUCGAGAAGCUUCUGGAAGGCAAGCUUGCUGAGGACAUGAAGCCACUUCCAUUCCAGAUCUGCACUAUCAGCAACACGGCCAAGCUCACCUGCGUCCGGAUUGCAGGCACCGAAAAUGAUCCGUGGGAGGACAAUGAGACCACAUUCGAGCAGCUCUACGAGCGCAUCACGAAGACCAUCAAGUUCCUGGAGAAGGUCAAACCGGAGGACUUCGCCGGAAAGGAACAGUCCCAAGUCGUGAUGAAGACGGGCGUCGGAGAUUUCAAGUUCACCGGCUUGUCCUACCUUCAAAGCUUCGCUCUACCGAACUUCUUCUUCCACGAAAUGGCCGCUUAUGCUAUUCUUCGCAACCAAGGCGUUCCCAUCGGGAAGUUUGACUACCUAGGUUCCGCAGGGCAGGACGCCGAGAAGGUUCAGACCUCGUAGUAAAGCAGUAAACCGUAAUUGCAAGGGCUGGCGGGUAUACGUCGA